GGGAUUGCAGAAUCACGACCAAAAGGAAAGAAAGGAAUCAAUUAGUUAAAACAGAAGCCAAGCUUGAUAUAUAUUCAACAAUUAGCUUGGAAUCCUGGUUCCGCCCUGAUUAUGGGCUCAAGGAUUCAUGCGUCUUCCCUUUCGUUUCAUUUCUUUCCCAGGAAAGAAACAGCAAUUUUGCAGGACUUUUUUACCAUAAUGCCAUAAAACGAGAAAUCCAGAGCUACCUCUCCAAUUCUUAGUUCGGCCAUUCAGCUCUAAUAGACUCAAGUUGUGGCAAUUGACCUAGGCCUUGGAAACUGUACUUUGUUCUACUUGCUUUGGUUUCCUGCGUUUCUUUUUCUUGUGUCUACAUGGCAGAUUUGGGUGAAAAUAAAGAGCCUGGGGAAGAAGCCAUCAAGGAGGCAAAACAUUAGAAAGCGAAGGACUGAUGAAGAUGAAGAGGAGGAUGAUUCAAAAUCUGGGACAUCCUUAUCAAACCAAAGAAAGGCCCCAAAGGCUGCUGGCAAGCUCUUUUUUCUAACGACCCUCCAAGAGCUCUGUGUCUGAUGACAGAGCAGUCUUUGAGUUUGAGUCUUCAAAUGAAAUCCAAGUUGAAAAUGAUAGCAGGGCAACAGCGACUAUGGAGACUGAGACUGAGUUCUCCAGAGAUGCACUGGCAGUUCGAGAAAGAGUUCUCAAGCAGGCAGAAGAGGCUUUGAAGGGAAAGGGAAAAACCACCGGCAAUGAAAAGUUGUAUAAGGUCCAUGGAUAUACUGAUUACAAGGCUGGGAUCCGAAGAGAACUAACAGUAGCCAGUGAGAAAGCAGGAGGUGCCCAUGGGCCUCUCAGGGCCUCUGCUCACAUCAGGACUUCUACGAGAUUUGAUUAUCAGCCAGACAUCUGUAAGGAUUACAAGGAGACUGGUUACUGUGGGUAUGGAGAUUCCUGCAAGUUUAUGCAUGAUCGUGGGGACUACAAAUCUGGCUGGCAGAUGGAAAAAGAGUGGGAUGAAGCAGAGAAAGCGAGGAAGAGAAAAUUAGCUAUGGGUGACGAUGAUGUGGAUGAGUCUGAGGAAGAUGAUGAUGAUGUAGAUGAUGGCUCGUUGCCCUUCGCAUGUUUCAUCUGCAGGCAACCAUUUGUUGAUCCUGUCGUAACUAAGUGCAACCAUUACUUCUGUGAGCAUUGUGCACUGAAGCAUCAUUCGAAGAACAAGAAAUGCUUUGUCUGCGACAAGCCUACUCUUGGCAUAUUCAACACAACUCACGAGAUACGAAAAAGAAUGGCUGCGGAGGGUAAAUAACCGCUAAUACUUAUUAUUUCAAAACUUUAAAGAUUUGUGGCAGGAAUGGUUCUUCCCCUCACCCCCUUUGGUUAAGUGUUGAAGAGAAAGUUCACUUUUCGUUGUAUGAUAAAAUUUGGAAAUGCAUAACAAUGGUGGCAAAGCUAGUGGAAAACUUUAUCCUCUUCUUUGCUAAUCGGAAUUAAUAGUCAGCUUUGUUUGA